AAUAACCAAUAUUGAGUAUGUUGUUUGACUUGUUUGCUUCAAAUACGUUCCCCCACAUAUAUCUUGCGCUCGGGGAUGUCUCUCGGCUCAAGCAAGUACAGCGGAAUAUCCUCACUCUCUCCCUGGUCCCAUAAAUUCCAACAGCUAUGGAGAAUGUCACUGUGACAUUCCUGGGACCUGCUGCAUCCUUUUCACACCAGGCUGCUGUUGAAUUCUUUGGGAGGUCUGCUGAAUUGUUACCUUGUGUAUCAUUCACGGACGCUUUCACCGCAGUACAACAGGGUGAAGCAGAUUUUGCUAUCAUUCCUUGUGAAAACUCGACUAACGGCUCAGUCGUUCAGACUCUUGACCUCCUGGCAGACCCCGAAGGCCUUUACGAGGACGUCGAGGUAUGCGGCGUGCAUUAUUUGACAGUGCACCAUUGCCUUUUAGCCCGAAGAGGUGUAUUCUCUAGUCAACAGGAUUAUGGUUCUGUAGCUAAGCUUUACACCCACCCGCAAGCCUGGGGCCAAUGUGAAAGAUUCCUUGGAAAAUACUUUAGAGGCAUUGAAAGGCAGGAUGUCUCAUCAACUUCCAAGGCUGGGGAGAUUGUUUCAAAGGCAAAAACAGAACAAAGCGCUGCAAUAGCUAGCCGUUUUGCUGCUGAGUUCCAUGGCCUGGAUGUUUUAGAAGAGAAUAUCGAAGACAAAACCGAUAAUACAACACGCUUCCUGGUGCUGAGGAACAAAAACUCGGACCGUACAGCUCCGCGUCCUUUCGGAGACUUGAAUAAUCGCCACGUGCAAGGAGCAUCUGCACCAACAGUAAGGAAAACCUUGAUAUCGUUCAUGGUUCGUCAAUAUGCCCCUGGGGCAUUGGCGGAGGCUUUGUUAAUAUUCAAGACCCAUGGCAUGAACCUUACAAGCAUCAACUCCCGGCCAAGUCAGAAGAAGAAUUGGCAGUAUGUCUUCCUGGUUGAGUGCCAGACAGCCGAUACUCUAGAGGAAAGAGGCGUGGGAGUUGAGAUUCUGAGCUAUUUGCGCAAUGUUACCGAGACUUGUAGAUAUUUGGGGACAUGGUCUGAGUGAUCAUGAAC